GCGAUCUAGCGAAUUACAUCACAUCGAACACCAUGAUAGAACAUGAAGAUAAGAAAUUUCAGAAAACUCGUCCAAAUUAUCUUGUUUUUGGUACGUUUAUAGGAAUUUCAGGUCUGUCUUUAAUGGCGGGAUUUGCAUACAAAAUAUUAGCUUUUAAGAAAGUCAAUCCACAAUCAUUUGUUCAAGUAUUUAAUCAGAACAAAAAUACACACGAAUCUGGAAUACAUUUCGCUGCACGUGCUCUUGGAGUAGCAACAGUUAUAACUACAACAUCACUAGGAGCAUUGUCUCUAAUGAUAUGGUACAUUAUGAACCCAGUGGAUAAAAACGAUUUCAGUGAACGUAUGAGAAAUUUAUUCCCUCCUAAAUGGCGGAUAAAACCAUCAGAUUCUCGUUCUGAAAUUAGAACUUUCGACGAGCUUUAUUUAUUCUUAACAAAUAGUUCUGCGAACAAGAAAUGAUGAGUAAUCAUUAUUCCUAUUUACAACUAUUUAUUAUUUUAGUCUGCAUAAAAUGUUUUUAAAUCGUAUUUCUGUGUUCAAGUUGUGAUUUCGUAAUAUCUGUGACUACAAUUUUAAUGAGC